UGUAAGAGUAAGAAAGUCCUGCCCAGCUGUUUGCGAAGUUUAAGAUUUCCUGUUUCCCCUGCAGCGCCGAAGUGAAGUUUCAGUGAGUCACCCGCGGUCCCGAGCAGCGGAGCGGCGCAGCCCCGCUCCCCGCCAGCCCCGCCACCGCCGCCGCGGCCUCCCCGCCGCCCCCGCGCCCCGCCCGCGGCUCGCCGGCCGCGCCGAUCCGGCUCCGCGAUGACUCCCCGGCUGCCGCGGAGCCUGCGGCGGCUGCUGCUGCUCCUUUCCCUCUGGGCGCUUAUGGGCAGCUCGCUCCCCGCUCUGCUCGGGGCUCAAUUUACAUCACCUGUAGAAAGAAAUAAGGAAAGUGGACUGAAAAUGCCAAACUUAUGCAAGUUUUGUGAUAUUAAAGCAACAACCUGCUCAAACCAACAUCGGUGCAGGAGUAACUGCAACAUCACUUCUAUCUGUGAGAAGAGUAGUGAAGUCUGUGUUGCUAUAUGGAGACAGAAUGAUGAAAAUGUGACAUUAGAAACAAUAUGCCACGACCCCCAGGAAAAACUGUAUGGUCACAUUUUGGAUGACUAUGACUCAGAGCAGUGUUUAAUGAGGGAAAAGAAGGAUGAUGGGGGAUUGAUGUUCAUGUGUUCCUGCAAAGGUGAAGAAUGCAAUGAUAUGCUCAUUUUUACAUCAGAUGACCCCCAUAAGCCAGAGGAGAAAGAUGAAAUUUCCAAAGUCACAAUCAUAAGUCUUGUCCCGUUACUGGUGAUUUCUGUUGCUGUGAUUGUUAUCUUUUAUGCCUACCGCACUCACAAGAAGAGGAAGCUCAGCAAGGCAUGGGAGAAGAAUGUUAAGCCCAAGAAGCAUAAGGACUGCAGUGAUGGCUGUGCCAUUAUGUUAGACGACGACCGCUCAGACAUCAGCUCCACAUGUGCCAACAACAUCAACCACAACACAGAGCUGCUGCCCAUUGAGUUGGAUGUUGUUGUUGGCAAAGGAAGGUUUGCUGAAGUGUAUAAAGCCAAAUUGAAGCAAAACACAUCAGAACAGUAUGAAACUGUGGCAGUCAAGAUUUUCUCCUAUGAAGAAUAUGCUUCCUGGAAAACUGAGAAAGACAUAUUUUCAGAUGUAAACCUCAAGCACGAGAACAUACUCCAGUUCUUGACAGCAGAGGAACGUAAGACAGACCUUGGCAAACAGUAUUGGUUGAUCACUGCCUUCCAUGCUAAAGGAAACUUGCAGGAAUAUCUCACACGACACAUUAUCAGCUGGGAGGACCUCUGGAAACUUGGCGGGUCCUUGGCCCGAGGGAUUGCCCAUCUGCACAGUGAUCACACACCCUGUGGUCGUCCCAAAACACCUAUCGUACACAGGGACCUAAAGAGUUCCAACAUCCUGGUGAAAAAUGAUUUAACCUGCUGCCUCUGUGACUUUGGGUUAUCCCUGAGGCUGGACCCUUCCCUGUCUGUGGAUGACUUGGCUAACAGUGGGCAGGUUGGCACAGCAAGAUAUAUGGCCCCUGAGGUUUUGGAGUCUAGGAUGAACCUAGAGAACAUGGAAUCCUUCAAACAAACAGAUGUGUACUCCAUGGCUUUGGUCCUCUGGGAAAUGACAUCUCGCUGUAAUGCUGUUGGAGAAGUGAAAGAGUACGAGCCCCCCUUCGGCUCCAAAGUGCGAGAGCACCCUUGUGUGGAAAGCAUGAAGGAUAAUGUCUUGAGAGACAGAGGGCGGCCCGAGAUCCCCAGCUCCUGGCUUAACCAUCAGGGCAUCCAGAUGGUGUGUGAGACGCUCAUCGAGUGCUGGGACCACGACCCCGAGGCGCGGCUGACGGCGCAGUGCGUGGCCGAGCGCUUCAGCGAGCUCCGGCACCACGACAGGCUCUCGGGGAGGAGCUGCUCCGAGGAGAAGAUUCCCGAGGACGGCUCCGUGACCACCGCCAAGUAGCGCACGCCCGGGAGCUCCGGGACGGAGGGAAGUCGCUCCUAGACGUGCUCACCUUGGCAAAGGAAGAGGUCUUGACCGGUGCCUUGACUUGCUUCCUGGAGGACUGAGGCUGUCACUACUCCCUUUGGGCUCCAGCUCUGGACAGGGAGAUGUAUUCUGGGAAUUACAAGCUGGGGGAGUAGCAGUCAUACCCUAGCACUGGCGGCCAGCAUCAUGUCGUAGGAGGAGCUAUAUAUGGUAGCACUUCCUCAGGAAAAGGAUUUGAAAAUAGCCAAUAACAUUAUGCACUUUAUUAAUGCCUGUAUAUAACUAUGAAAUUGCUAUUUUUAUAUAUAUAUAUAUACAUAUAUAUAUAUAUAAAAUGUGUGUGUAUGUAUAUAUAUAUAUAUGUAUCUAUAUAUCUAUAAACAGCCAUGUCCUGGGAAAAGAAAAGUUAUUAAAAGAAAGUGCUUCCAGGAAAUUACCAGUACAUUAGAAAUCCCACCCCUUAGGGAAGGAGCCUGGGGGGAUUGGUAUAGCACCACACCAGCAAUUCUGCACUAAGCGUUCUGCCAAAAAAUAGGAAUAAUAUACAAUAAGAAGAUGACUUUCCAAGCAUGUGCUGUGACCACCUGGCUGUCAUCCUGCUGUUCACAGGAGCAGGAGCAGUCUCACAGCAGACAGGCAAAGUUGACUUUGCAGUUACUUGCAUGGUCCUGUCUGCAGCACAUUGUGGAAAAUUCAGGAAUGCCUUUUCCCUCUCACCUUAACCCCAAAGUCCUCAAAGUGUUCCAGAACAGGCAUGUGAGGAGGGUUGGUCCUUCCCACAUGUGUGUUUUGUGAGUUCAUUAAUGUUAUAUGUUUAUUGCUUUGAAUUUGUGCUGCUUGCAAACAGAUUGCAAAAUAUCAGCAGGAUCAGUUUUCCCCUCCUCCCAUCCCCACCCCCAAACCAUACAGAACAGGACAGGGCCAGCAACAAUCCAAGCAGAUGUUUUAUAUUUGCUGAGCAUUCUGAGUGUGGGCAGUCCUAUUAUUUUCCCCCUGUCUUUACCUUGAUUGUGUUGCUAUAAGAACAAACUUUUUUUUUCCCUUUUCCCUGUACAGUGUGUCUAAUUGCUGGGCAAACCACAGUGUGACUGUUCCACUCUUUCUAAAGAAAGAGGCAGCAGCUGUUGCCUUUAUUUUUGCAAAAAGACCUUGGAGGUGAGGGAAAGCUCCAUAGCAAUAGGUUAAUGGCAUAUCCUGCCCUCAGCAUUGCUUGCAUUUAGGGCUGCCUCAGCAAGUCAGCAAUUCACAGAAUUAAAAAAAAAAACAAAAACCAAAAACAAACCAAAAACAAAGAAAGACUUUUUCAACAGGAUCUUUCAGACUUUGCUUGCAUUCUUUCAGUUCCCCAAAAUGCUUGAGACAGUUGACAUCACAUUGGGCCUAUAUACAUGACAGCAGUGUGUUUAAGAAGUGCUAAAAAUUUUGUCUUUAGGUGUUUUUCAGUGAUUUAUCCACUUUUCUCUUCCUCAUGGCAUGUCAGCAGGCCUUGCAAUUUAGAAAUUCAACCAGCACAAACCAAUCCUGGACACAUGAAUCUGGUGUUGUUUAUUAAACACCUUUGACAGAUAAAUAUCAAUAUUCCUCUCAAAAAUGUUGCCAUGCAAGUCAAUAGGAAUCAUGCUUAUUCAAAUAGGAGUUAAGAUUUAUGAUGGCAAAUACUUUAUUUGAAAUGGUUUUGUAACUGCUUUUUUUUUUUAUUUAUUUUAACCAAACUGCUCAGAGAUGUUAAAACAGAGUGGGGCAAAACCUCCACACCUACAGUGGAACUUCGAGGAUACUAUGGCAUUUUUUUAGGGAUGGAAUGUUGUAAAUUCACAGGGCCAUAGGCAGAGGUAGGACAUGUGGGUGGGGAGUGCAUCCAGGCAGGUAGAAAGUCAUUACAGUGGUAAUGACUCAGUCUCAGCCCAUUUCUCUUCCUCCAUCCACACAGAAGGUCAAGAAAUGGCAAGCAGUAGUUCCUGACAGUACUGACGUUUUUAUGGGGUUUUUUAACACUACAUGUAAAGGAAAAUUUUUAUUCUUUUAAGGAGUACUUCACCAUGUACAUCAUGUAUGAAAUAGGAAUGUGAGCAAUAUAUACUCUUGUAUAUCAAAAGUUUCAAACACUUAACUUGCUUUGUAAACUGUUUUGAGGGGGUUUUUGUCUUGUUUUGUUUUGUAUAAAUCAAAUGUUUAUUGAA